UUGCGCGAGGAAUUCGUUGAGAGCGAAUCUGCAAUUAUUUCGCUUUCGUGACAAUUCCUUCAUGUCACGAACUAGUCGCGUUUCUCGUGUGAUCAUGCAAUAGGCAAGAAAUCGUUUCAAAUUUUUGUGAAGAAGCAAUAGUCGUUGAAACUUGCGAAGAAAAUGCGUGUGGCCGUCGUAGGCGCUGGUGUAAUAGGAGUAUCAAGUGCGUUUGCUGUGAAAAGCGUUUUUCCAAGUUAUGAUGUGAAGAUCUUCGCUGAUGCAUUCUCACCUGAUACUACUGGCGAUGGAAGUGCUGGUUUAUGGACUCCUUUUCUCCUCGAUGACACACCUGCUGAGGACAUAACUCGAUGGGCUGGUAACACACAUCAGUGGUUCGAGCAAUUUUGGAAAGCCGGAUUAUCAUCAAAAACGGGUGUUUCUCUACUGCCUGUAACUUGUGUUACUAGUGAUUAUAAGGAUUACGUUGAGCCACUAUGGGCAAAAUUUGUCUAUGGCUUCCAAAAACUAAGUAACGAAAGAUUACAACGCUUAAAUGAAGAACACAAGUCCAAUUACAAACAAGGUAUACAAUAUAUAACUUAUACUUCUGAACCGGUUCUAUUCCUGCCGUGGCUCAUGGAAAAGUUUGUUGCUUUGGGCGGAGAAAUGGAAAGAAGGAACAUUAAAAUGUUGCAUCAAUUAGCAGAAGAAGGGUAUGAUUUAAUAAUAAACUGCAGCGGGCUCGGUGCACGAGAACUCGUCGCAGAUGAAACGAUGACGCCUAUUAGGGGUCAGGUGUACAGGGUAAAAGCACCUUGGGCAAUGCAUUGUUUUGUGGCGAAUGAUGAUGCCUCAUGCAAUUACAUUAUUCCUAACAUCCAUAACGUCGUAAUAGGUGGUACUCAUCAAGAAGGCGAUUUCGAUCGUUCCGUACGAGAAAAGGAUUCGAAACAUAUUUAUGAUGGAUGUUGUCGUAUAAUGCCGUCUCUAAAGGGGAGUGAAAUAAUACGCGCGUGGGUGGGCCUUCGACCAGGACGACCGCGAGUUCGUCUGGAGUGCGAGAGCCUCAGCUCGUCCAUGGGAAAAGAGUUCAAGGUGAUACACAAUUACGGCCACGGCGGAAGUGGCGUGACGUUGUGCUGGGGGUGCGCCAUGGAUGUCGUGGAGAUGAUAAAAAACUUGAAAGUGCCUGAAUUAAACUCCAAACUGUAACUUCAGGGACAGAAUAAACUUUUUAUCCUACAUA